GCUACCGUGCACGUUGCGUCAUCGGCCGGCGGCACAUACCAUGGCGCUGAGCCCGCGCCGCGCGCCAACUACCCUAUAAAACGCUCGGCGCCGCUACCGGCCACGGUUCACUCGCCCACCCCACCUCCUCCUCUCUCCGGUGUCCUCCCCUGCCGAGGAGGAGACACGCGAGAAACGCGCGCGCUUGGCGGCGGCGGCGGGCAGGCUCGCACCGAUGGGCAACUGCCAGGCGGCGGAGGCGGCGGCGGUGCUGAUCCAGCACCCGGGCGGCGGCCGCACGGAGCGCGCCUACUGGGCGCUCUCGGCCGGGGCCGUCAUGGCGGCCAACCCGGGCCACUACGUCGCCGCCGUCAUCGCCACCACGCAGCCGCCGGCGGCCGCGGCGGCGGGGGGCGCGCCCGCGGUCACCGUGAAGCACCUCAAGCUGCUCCGCCCCGACGACACCCUCCUGCUCGGCCGCGUCUACCGCCUCGUCAGCUUCGAAGAGGUGCUGAGGGAGUUCGCGUCGAAGCGGCACGUCAAGCUGAGCCGCGUCACGAUCAGGGCGAAGGACGACGACGAGGAGGAGGAGGAGAAGGUGAAGCCGGCGGCCACCAAGCACCGCCGCCGGCGUGCCCGCGGCGGCGAGCGCAAGGAAUCCGACCGGUCACUCGCCAAGGUCAUGCGCCAGACGGAGGAGCCGGAGCCGGAGCCAGGCCAGCCGUCCUCCGGCCCCAGCACCCCCGACCACGGCGACCCCACCGGCGCGGCGGCCGACCUCGACGCCGAGCUGGAGGCGGCGCUGCUGCUCGGCCAGCGGCGCGCCGCCCGGCAGUGGAGGCCCGCGCUGCAGAGCAUCGCCGAAGGGUGACCAAACCUCGCCGCGCCGUGGCCGGCCGGUCGGUGAGCAGCCGUGCUCGGUGCAGGUCACCUGCGAGGCUGACAGCGUAUUGUAAAAUAAGCGAGUAAUUGCUAUAGUGCCUCCCCCCGUGUGGAUACCACCAGCUCCAAACGUGUAGUCUAGCAGUAGCAGGUGGCCAGUAGCAGCAGAGUAUUAUGAGCUUGAUUUGAUGGUGCUUGUAAGGUUGCAGAUCGGUGUAUACAGAAAGUAUCGCAUAAAAUCCUUAGUCUACGUCGCGAGCUUCCAAAUCA